ACUCAGUAUUCAUUCAAAUGGGUAUUUGGGACGCACACCACCCAGAAAGAACUUUUUGAUAUUGUUGCUAAUCCCUUAGUAGACGACCUCAUUCAUGGGAAGAAUGGUCUUUUAUUUACCUAUGGCGUGACAGGAAGUGGAAAAACCUAUACGAUGACAGGGUCUCCGGGGUCCGGAGGCCUGCUUCCUCGUUGCUUAAACAUGAUCUUUAACAGCAUAGGGUCAUUUCAAGCAAAACGUUGCGUAUUUAAGACUAAUGAUAGGAACAGCAUGGAAAUUCAGUGUGAAGUCGAUGCCUUGUUAGAACGGCAGAAAAGAGAAGCCAUGCCCAUUCCAAAGACCCCCUCUAGCAAGCGACAAGCAGAUCCCGAAUUUGCAGAUAUGAUAAAUGUGCAAGAAUUCUGCAAAGCAGAAGUUGAUGAGGACAGUGUCUAUGGAGUAUUUGUCUCGUACAUUGAAAUCUAUAAUAAUUACAUAUAUGAUCUACUGGAAGAAGUGCAGUUUGAUCCCAUAAAGCCCAAACUCCCACAAUCUAAGAUGCUCCGAGAAGAUAAGAACCACAAUAUGUAUGUUGCAGGAUGUACCGAGAUCGAAGUGAAAUCUACGGAGGAGGCUUUUGAAGUUUUCUGGAGAGGUCAGAAAAAGAGACGUAUUGCUCACACCCAUCUGAAUAGAGAGUCCAGUCGCUCACAUAGCGUGUUCACCAUUAAACUUGUCCAGGCUCCUCUGGAUGCUGAUGGAGACAAUGUCUUACAGGAAAAAGAGCAAAUUACUGUAAGCCAGCUGUCUCUGGUAGAUCUUGCUGGAAGUGAAAGAACCAACCGUACUAAAGCAGAAGGGAACAGACUCCGCGAAGCCGGAAACAUUAAUCAGUCCUUGAUGACACUAAGAACAUGCAUGGAAGUCCUGAGAGAGAAUCAGACAUAUGGAACGAACAAGAUGGUUCCGUAUCGAGAUUCAAAGCUAACCCAUCUAUUCAAGAACUACUUCGAUGGAGAGGGGAAAGUUCGGAUGAUCGUGUGUGUGAAUCCAAAGGCUGAAGACUAUGAAGAAAGCUUGCAAGUCAUGAGAUUUGCUGAGGUAACCCAGGAAGUCGAAGUAGCGAGACCAGUAGACAAGGUGAUAUGUGGCCUGACACCAGGGAGACGGUACAGAAACCUGCCUCGGGGAGGCCCAAUUGGAGAUGGUACGAUUUGGUGUUAUAUCAUUGUUCAUUUGUUUGUCUUUCUAUAA